AUGGAGCUGUCCGAGGUCCGCUGCUCCGGCGCCGGCGAGGAGCCCGGCGGCAGCGGAGGCAAGAGGCUGCUGUGGCAGAACGCCGUCCGCCACAUCACCGAGCAGCGCUUCAUCCACCAGCGGGGCGAGGGCGAGCCCGACCCCGAGCGGCCGCGCAAGCCGUCGGCGUCGGCGGCGCACAACAACGGCGGCACCAAGGUCUUCCCCGAGCGGGACGGCGCUGACCUGGGCUUCCUGCAGCUGGACCCGUGCGCGCCGGCCAACUCGGACUUCUUCCUGAACUGGGGCUACACGUAUCGCGGCGUCAUCUUCCCCACGCUGCGCAACGCUUUCAAGUCGCGCGAGCUGGAGCGCCUGUACCAGCGCUACUUCCUGGGCCAGCGUCGCAAGUCGGUGGUGGUGAUGAACAUCCUGGACGUGGUGGCCAAGCUGACCCUGCUGGCGCUGCACCUGGCCGUGGCCUCGGCGCCGGUGGACCCGGUCAAGGGCGCGCUGCUGGGCUUCUUCGCCGGCGUGGAGGUGGUCAUCUGCGCCCUGGUGGCGGCGCGCAAGGACGCCGCCUCGCACGGAUACCUGCGCUACGGCGGCGCCGUCACCUGGGCGGCCAUGGCCACGCAGAUCCUGGCGGCGGGGCUGGGCUACGGCCUGCUGGGCGACGGCGCCGGCUACGUGCUCUUCGCGCUCUUCGCCACCUACGGCAUGCUGCCCCUGCCCCUGGCUUGGGCCAUCCUGGCCGGGCUCUUCGCUUCCGGAUUGCACCUGAGCGUCAGGCUGCUGCUCGCCCGCGACGCGACGCUCUCCGCCAACCAGGUGGCGGCCCAAACGGUUCUGUUCGUAUGUAUGAACACGGCCGGGAUCUUCAUCAGCUACCUGUCGGACCGCGCCCAGCGGCAGGCCUUCCUGGAAACGCGGCGUUGCAUCGAGGCCAGGCUGCGUCUGGAGACGGAGAACCAGAGACAGGAGCGUCUGGUUCUGUCCGUCCUGCCUCGCUUCGUGGUUCUGGAAAUGAUCAACGACAUGUCCAACGUGGAGGACGAGCACCUCCAGCAUCAGUUCCAUCGGAUCUACAUCCACCGCUACGAGAACGUCAGCAUUCUUUUCGCAGACGUCAAGGGCUUCACCAAUCUGUCCACCACGCUGUCGGCUCAGGAACUCGUGCGGAUGUUGAACGAGCUUUUCGCGCGCUUCGAUCGACUGGCGCACGAGCAUCACUGUCUGCGCAUCAAGAUUCUUGGAGAUUGUUAUUACUGCGUGUCGGGUCUGCCCGAGCCGAGGCAGGACCACGCCCACUGCUGCGUGGAGAUGGGACUCAGCAUGAUUAAAACCAUCAGAUACGUGCGCUCUCGAACCAAACACGACAUCGACAUGCGCAUCGGGAUCCACUCUGGCUCGGUCCUGUGCGGCGUACUGGGCCUGAGGAAGUGGCAGUUUGACGUCUGGUCCUGGGACGUCGACAUCGCCAACAAGUUAGAGUCCGGAGGCAUUCCAGGGCGCAUCCACAUCUCCAAAGCGGCCCUGGACUGCCUGAACGGCGACUACGAGGUGGAAGCGGGCCACGGCAAGGACCGCAACGACUUCCUGCGGCGCCACAACAUCGAGACGUACCUGAUCAAGCAGCCCGAGGACAGCCUGCUGGCCCUCCCUGAGGACAUCGUGAAGGAAGCGGGCAACUCGGCCGACCGCCGCGCCAGCGCCGCCGCCUUCAACGAAGCGUCCUGGAGCCCCGAGCUGCCCUUCGACAACAUUGUGGGCAAGCAGAACACUCUGGCCGCCCUAACCAGAAAUUCGAUAAAUCUGCUACCAAACCAUCUUGCGCAAGCUUUGCAUGUCCACUCUGGUCCUGAGGAAAUUAACAAGCAAAUAGAGAGCGCCAUCGACUUACGGAGUGGCGAUAAGUUGAGGAGAGAGCAUAUCAAAGCUUUCUCACUGAUGUUUAAAGACUCCGGCCUGGAACACAAGUACUCGCAGACGAGGGACGACGUUUUCAAGUCCAACCUGGUUUGCGCCUUCAUCGUGCUGCUCUUCAUCACCACCAUCCAAAGUCUGCUGCCCUCAGCCAGGACGGCGGCCACGGCGGCGCAGUUCUCGGCACUGAUCGCGCUGCACUCGGCACUGGUGGCGGCCACUACGGCCGAGGACUACAAGUGUCUGCCGCUCCUCCUGCGCCGGGCCUGCUGCUGGAUCAACGAGACGUACGCCGCACGGAACGUCCUCGUCUUCCUCUCCAUAUUCAUCAACUUUCUGGCCGCCACCGUCAACAUCCUCUGGUGCGACAUGGACACACCCACUGCAUUGAAGAACAGCACCUCAGAAGACCAAGACAAAGCCAUGGCCGACAUCUGCUUCUACCCGGAGUACUUUGUGUUGACUGGCGUGCUGGCGAUGGUGACGUGCGCAGUCUUCCUCCGCCUCAACUCCCUGGUCAAGUUGGCCGUUCUUCUGCUGAUGGUUGCCAUCUACUCGUUGCUCACCCAAGCUUUCUACUCCGCGCUCUUUCUGCGUUACGACCUGCUCCACCGUAACGAGAACUUUCUAGGUACCAAGGAGACGUCGCUGCUCCUGAUGGCCAUGUUCCUCCUCGCCGUCUUCUACCACGGACAGCAGUUGGAAUACACUGCACGGCUGGAUUUUCUGUGGCGCGUUCAGGCCAAAGAGGAAAUCAACGAGAUGAAGGAGCUGCGAGAACACAACGAGAACAUGCUGAGGAACAUCUUGCCGAGCCAUGUCGCGAGGCACUUCCUGGAGAAGGACCGCGACAACGAGGAAUUAUACUCGCAAUCGUACGACUCGGUGGGCGUGAUGUUCGCGUCCAUCCCGGGAUUCGCCGACUUUUACUCGCAAACCGAGAUGAACAACCAGGGAGUGGAAUGUCUUCGACUGCUCAACGAGAUCAUCGCCGACUUCGACGAGUUGCUGGGCGAAGAGCGUUUCCAGGAUAUCGAGAAAAUCAAAACCAUCGGCAGCACGUACAUGGCCGUGUCGGGUUUGUCUCCCGAGAAACAGCAGGGCGAAGACAAAUGGGGGCACCUGUGCGCGCUGGCCGACUUCGCCAUCGCUCUCAACGAAAGCAUCCGAGAAAUCAACAAACACUCCUUCAACAACUUUGAACUAAGAAUAGGCAUGGCUCAGGGCUCGGUGGUGGCGGGCGUGAUCGGCGCCAAGAAGCCUCAGUACGACAUCUGGGGCAAGACGGUGAACCUGGCCAGCCGCAUGGACAGCACGGGCGUGAGCGGCAAAAUCCAAGUCCCCGAGGAGACCUUCGUCAUCCUGGAGCAGCGCGGCUUCGCUUUCGAGUACCGCGGCGAGAUCUACGUCAAAGGCAUCAGCGAGCAGGAGGGCAAAAUUCGCACGCACUUCCUAUCGGGACGCGUGCUGCCCAACCCGCUCAUUAUGCAGCCGCGCAAGAUGACCGGCCAGUACUCGCUGGCCGCCGUGGUGCUGGGACUGGUCCAGUCGCUCAACCGGCAGAAGCAGAAGCAGAUACUCAACGACAACAACAACUCGGGCAUCAUCAAGGCGCACCACCAUCACCAUUACAACCGCAGGACGCUGCUGGCCAACGACGGGGGCGCCGCGCACCACGCCGACGCCCCCGACAAAAGCGACGCGUCCUGA